UUUGCUAUGCCCCUGCCACAACCUUGCCAACACUCCUUGACUUUUCACUCUUCUCUCCGCCCCUGUGGCACCCUUUCUACCGGAGACGUGGCCGUAAUUUCUUGACCUUGCAAAGCAGCCGCCCCACGAACCAUCACCUGGUCACAGCUUGAGCCCUGUGUCCUACAUGGACGACCCCAUCCGCGAGGAGAUCACCUUUUCUGCCCGCUUUCCCCUGCCCUUCCGUGUUCUCUUCCUCGGCGGGCUCGGUGUCCUUGGCUGGGCGACAAACCUGCACGGUCUGAGCGCCCUGGGCAUCGACGCCGCCUCCGCGCUCGAGCUGAGCACGCACCAGCCGCACCGUCUGACGCACCACCCGUACUCUGCCUCGGAACCAGACACGCCGCUGCCGACGGCGCGCGGCGGCUGGAAGCUCGUGCCGCACCCGGCGACGCUCUACGGCCCUGUGUACAGGCUCUUCUUCUGCUACGCGAUCGUGUUGUGCCUCGGCUGGGCGUGCUACCAGCAUGCGACCCGCGCCGACGUCGGGCUCGUGGACGUGUACAAGUUCGUGCCUGGCGUGCUCAUGCUCUUCCUGCUCAUGAUGCUCGUCUCGCCGUUUGAUGUCGCGGGGAAGAGGGAGCGCGACAAGUUCUUGCAUUCAAUACGCAGGUGCUUGAUCUCGAAACACCGCAUACACUUCUCCGACGUGGUCUUUGCUGAUAUCUUUACGUCCUUUGCAAAAGUGCUCGGCGAUGUGUGGCUCUCCGUGUGCAUGAUUCUACCGGGAGGAAGUCUUCUGUACCCACCGCCACAACAAGGGCUUGCUCGGUGGAUACUACCAACACUCAUGAGCAUCCCAUAUGCCGUACGAUUCCGACAAUGCCUCGUCGAAUAUUCCUUGACGACAAAUGAAAGCAAACGACCAUUAUACAACGCGAUAAAAUAUGCAACUUCCUUUCCUGUGAUUUUCCUGUCUGCAGCACAGCGGCAAGUAGCAGCGGACCCUGAACUUUUGGGGCUCACCGGGUCGGGACCGUGGUACGGAGAACAUUCCCUAUUCAGACUAUGGUUGUUGUCGGCGCUGAUCAACUCGCUCUACUCAUUCUGGUGGGACGUUACAUACGAUUGGGGUUUCGACCUUCUACGUGUACGGGAGAAGAAGAGUUCUAGCAGCGUGGGUUCGCCACCAAGGCAGCUCAUGCUGCCGCGUCUGCAUUCGCGUUCCGCGUUGCUAGCCUCCGGCCAGGACGACGACGACUCAACAGAAGAGCAACUCGGGACCGAGCAGGGAGACAACCACCCGCGCCCGAGCCGACGCUACCCGUACGGCCUGCGCUCCGUGCUCCUGCUGCCGCUUCCCGUGUAUCCCUUCGCGAUCCUGGUCGACCUCGUCCUGCGGCUCACCUGGUCCGCGAAGCUGUCGAGCCACCUGCACUCGUUCAUUGACGAGGACCGCGCGAUCUUCUUCAUCGAGUUCCUCGAGAUGGCGCGCCGCUGGAUGUGGGUGUUCCUCCGUGUCGAGUGGGAGGUCGUACGCGAGCGCGAGGUGCGCGCGGCCCUGCCCCCGGGGACACGCCUGCGAAGACGUGCGCCGGACGCCAGCGCUGAGGCAGGGUACGAGAUGCUCGGCGAGAGGGAAAGCCGCGCGAACUCAGUUGAGGAGGCUGGGGCUGGGGCAGAAGCGGAGGACUGGAGGAAGUCUGUGGACAGGGAUUAGCGGGAUUCCAGGACGCUUUCGAGGACAUUAGACAUUGGGCCUCUUUGCAAUUGCAUUAGACUCUCUGAAGUACUAUAAGUAUUGAUUAAUGCAUCUCCCUUCGCAUGGUACUCGGUUGCUAAAAUCGGGCCCCGAUUCGGGCCCCCGCAGUGAGACCGUCUGUCAUCACUAAGUUUAGAGCACUUCGUUGCCCCCGCAGCCCCGCCAAUAUGCGCUGUCGACGACAUUGCUUGGCACCGG